UCAUCAGUUUGUUUCUUCCUCCCACCACCACGGGAAAGGUACGAUCACACUCAUACUUAAAGAGAGAGAAGCUCAGAUCAAAUUGAACUUCGGAGCUGGUGGAGAAGGGAAGGGGGGAGAUCACGCCGACGGAUAGAGAUAGGUUUUGCUGUAUGUCAUUGGAUUGCGUUGAGACUUACUUUGGUGGAUUUGGCGAACUCGUGAACCCUAUUCAAUGGCCUCAGCUUCGAAAACGGCGACGGUUUGUGCUCACGGCGGUGGCGGCUCUUCGAAACUCGUUUCCGUUGCGGCGGAUACGGUUGCCGGAAGCUCCGAGGGUGAGGAUCGGCGAGAUUCUUCUAAGUUUGGUUUGGAAUCCGUGAUCCGCCCCGUCGAUUCGAUGCCUGAUACUGCCAAGAAACCUGCUACCAAAGGAAUCUCUGUGAUGCCAAUGCCAAGGACGGAAACAAAGCACCCUUUGGAUCCUCUCUCCGCUGCAGAAAUAUCUGUUGCUGUGGCCACUGUUCGCGCGGCUGGUGCUAACCCUGAGGUUAGAGAUAGCAUGCGUUUUAUUGAGGUGGCGUCUGUGGAACCGGAGAAGAAUGUUGUGGCGUUGGCAGAUGCGUAUUUUUUCCCUCCGUUCCAGCCAUCACUACUUCCAAGAACUAAAGCUGGACCUGUGAUACCUAUGAGGCUUCCUCCAAGGCGAGCAAAACUUGUUGUGUACAACAAGAAGUCUAAUGAGACGAGUGUAUGGAUUGUUGAGUUGUCCGAGGUUCAUGCUGUGACUAGAGGUGGACAUCACAGGGGAAGAGUUGUUUCCUCGGAAGUGAUACCUGAUGUUCAGCCGCCCAUGGAUGCCGCUGAGUAUGCUGAAUGUGAAGCGAUUGUCAAAGACUUCCCCCCAUUCAUCGAGGCAAUGAAGAGGAGAGGUAUUGAUGACAUGGAUCUAGUGAUGGUUGAUCCCUGGUGUGUUGGCUAUCAUAGCGAAGCUGACGCUCCAAGUCGUAGGCUUGCGAAGCCCCUUAUAUACUGUCGUACUGAUAGUGAUUCCCCUAUGGAAAAUGGCUAUGCUCGUCCAGUUGAGGGCAUUUAUGUACUUGUAGACAUGCAGAACAUGGUGGUGAUCGAGUUUGAAGACCGUAAGUUUGUGCCACUUCCCCCACCUGACCCUUUGAGGAAUUACACACCAGGUGAGAGUAGAGGAGGUGUUGAUAGAAGUGAUGUUAAGCCUCUCCAGAUUAUUCAGCCUGAAGGUCCAAGCUUCCGCGUAAGGGGUUACUUUGUCGAGUGGCAGAAGUGGAACUUUCGUAUUGGGUUCACUCCAAGGGAAGGUUUAGUCAUACAUUCGGUAGCAUAUGUUGAUGGCAGUCGAGGUCGAAGGCCUGUUGCACACAGGCUAAGUUUUGUGGAGAUGGUUGUGCCUUAUGGUGAUCCGAAUGAGCCACAUUACAGGAAAAAUGCUUUUGAUGCAGGGGAGGAUGGUCUUGGAAAAAACGCACAUUCGCUUAAGAAGGGGUGCGACUGUCUCGGAACUAUUAAGUACUUCGAUGCUCAUUUCACAAAUUUCACUGGAGGGGUUGAAACAAUUGAGAACUGUGUAUGCUUGCAUGAAGAGGACCAUGGGAUCUUGUGGAAACAUCAGGACUGGAGAACAGGAUUAGCUGAAGUGCGAAGAUCUAGGAGGCUAACUGUCUCCUUUUUAUGCACUGUUGCUAACUACGAGUAUGGAUUUUACUGGCACUUCUACCAGGAUGGGAAAAUCGAAGCUGAAGUAAAACUUACUGGUAUCCUCAGUUUAGGAGCGCUACAGCCAGGAGAAACUCGAAAGUACGGUACUACUAUUGCUCCUGGGUUGUACGCACCAGUUCAUCAACAUUUCUUUAUCGCUCGUAUGGAUAUGUCUGUUGACUGUAAACCUGGUGAAGCUUUCAAUCAGGUAGUUGAGGUAAAUGUCAGAGUUGACGAGCCAGGUGAGAACAAUAUCCACAACAAUGCGUUUUAUGCGGAAGAGAAGUUACUUAGAUCCGAGGCAGAGGCGAUGCGUGACUGUGACCCUUUUAGUGCUCGCCACUGGAUUGUAAGGAACACAAGGACAGUGAACAGGACGGGGCAAUUAACGGGAUACAAACUUGUUCCGGGCUCAAACUGUUUGCCAUUAGCUCGACCCGAGGCCAAGUUUCUAAGAAGAGCAGCGUUCCUGAAGCAUAAUCUUUGGGUUACCCGUUAUGACCCUGAAGAGAAGUUUCCAGGAGGAGAGUUUCCAAACCAAAACCCACGUUCUGGUGAAGGUCUUGCCACGUGGGUGAAACAGAACCGUUCCUUGGAAGAGUCUGACGUCGUUCUUUGGUAUGUGUUUGGGAUCAUACAUGUUCCUAGACUUGAAGAUUGGCCGGUUAUGCCAGUUGAACAUAUUGGUUUCACACUAAUGCCACAUGGAUUUUUCAACUGCUCACCAGCCGUGGAUGUUCCACCGAAUCCAGCAUGCGAAUUGGAGACCAAGGACAGUGAGGUCAAAGAGGUAGUAGCAGCACCCAAGCCUGGUUUACUUUCAAAGCUUUGAGCAUGAAAGACUUUUUUUUUUAUAAUUUGGAGACACUGCUGUUGCUCUAUUCAUUUUCGGAUUGGAAAUCGUUGUUAUUUGGUGUGUGUUUGUUGCAAACUAAAAGACAUUUGUCAUUGGAAUGUUCUUUGCUUUUGUCAAACAUUAUCGUUCAUUACUAAUACAUAGUUUUAUCCCAA